AGUCAGGAAAUGCAGAAGCAUGCUAUAAAAAGAGGAGCUUUAAAUAUACCUAUCAGCUCAUGGCCAAGAACCAAUUUAAGUAGUCAUUAACUAUACUAUAUAGAAAUUGGUUCAACAUUUUAAUCAUACGAAAUCAAAAAUAAAAUAACCAUUAGUUUUGGUUAGUGCCGCUUUCCGUAGCACAGCAUACACGUCAUAAGUCACACAUAACAAGUAUGGCGGCGCCCACUGUACUCUCGUAGAACGCUGGGUAGGAAUAAUUGAAUUCGAGCAUUGUUAUUAUCAAUAUACGUUUGAGAUUUUAGUUGUUUCAGUAAAACCGUUUACUUGAGUAAAAAUGGGUUUAGAGCGGUUUCUACGCGGGGCGCUGACGUGUUACUUUACACAAAUCCGACUCCCCAACUUCCAGCAAAACGCCGGAGUCUUUCGUGUUUCGAUGUCUACGGUGACUUGUCUGAGCGCGUCCAAAGUAGUACACCCGGUUGCUUGUGUAACAGGACUCUGCAGCAGGAUUUUUGUCCGCACAAGUCGCCUCGGAGCCCCCCAACUCGCUACCCGCCGCAGCCUUUGCUCCUCCGCACAGCCAACCAGAGAUGUCACCCUCUUCGAGCACGACAGGACGCGCUACUUCCGGCUCCUGUCAGUCUUCUGUGGCUGCCAGUUUCUCUUCUGGACAUACCUUAGCCACUUCGCUUAUACUGGGCUCAGAGACACGAGAGCCUCUAAAGAGAAACCUGGACCCAAGAGUACCACCACAACCGGGCUUGCUGGCAUAUGGAGUUUUGAAAUGAACCUGGGCUCUAACACCUGGAGGUACGGCUUUACUCUGGGAUGCCUUGCAGUAGGUGCUGCGAUAAUCGGGCUCGGGGUUCUGUUCUGCCGACGCUCUGUCAGCCAGGUGGUUUUACACAAAGGUGGGAGAAUGGUAACAGUGUCCACACAGUCACCUUUGGGACCAGGUCGUGGCCGGAGCAUAACAGUUCCGCUGUCCCAGGUGGCCUGCCAUGCUCACAGACAGGAGUCCCCCUCAUUCAUCCCCCUCAGAGUCAAAGGACACAAGUUCUACUUUCUCCUUGAUAAAGAAGGGACUGUGAACAAUGCCAGGCUAUUUGAUAUCACUGUUGGAGCUUACCGGCAAGUUUAAAUUUUGUAUGUACACCUUUGCCAAUGCUGUCUACAAGUACACCACUGAAAGAAAUUUAUGACCUUACAUGGCUGCAAAACAUAAAUUUGCUUCUAGCUUGAUCGUGUUUCUUCAAUUAAAAAAUAAUUCAUGAUUAAAACUGGGCUCUUUUGCUCCUUUUUUAUGUCUAGUAACUAACAUGACUUGCCAUUAAUGCAAACACUGUGAGAGUGAAAAAUAUCAGGGAUGUGUGAUAUUGGAUUUUAUCAGAAAUUAUAUUUACAAAAUCAUUUUAGCCAAUACUGAUAUUCAUACCCAUAUUUAGAUGUAGUUCAGACUUAAAACUUCAGUCCUUAAAACACAACAUUUUAAGUUUGAGGAUGAACAAACUGACAAAUUUUGCUCCGUAAAACACUUUA